AUGGUUAAUGAGAAGAAACCAGCUCCCAAGGAGGGAGCCAAGAAAGCCUUAAAGAAACUGGCAGCAAAGGGCGGCAAGAGGCGGUGGAGGUCAAGGAAGGAAAGUUAUCCCAUCCACAUCUACAAAGUGAUGAAGCAGGUUUACCCCAACACCGGCAUCUCCUCCAAGGCCAUGAGCAUCAUGAACUCGCUCGUGAACAAUAUUUUCAAGCCCAUCGCAGGUGAGGCUUCCCGCCUGGCCCAUUACAACAAGCGCAGCGCCAUCAGCUCCCAGGAGAUCCAGACCGCCAUGCACCUGCUGCUGCCCAGGGAUCUAGCCAAGCACACUGUGUCGGAAGGGACAAAGGCGGUGAUCAAGUACACCAGCUCCAAGUAA